AUGAACCAACCUCACCCCCUCCCCCUUGUCCCCCGGCCUCUACUUCUACCCCCGACCAUGCUGCCAAAAUGCGCCCUACUUGUUCCUGUACCCCACCACGACUCUCUCGCGCGUAGAAUCUUGCACAGGCUAAGAUACUAUGGGGUGGGCAUGCAUACAUAG